UAAAGCGCAUGAAUAAGCGUAAGAUCGACUGUCAAGUCAGUGCUUGGUAAACCUCCCGCUGAGACAGACAACCAUAGUACGUGUAAUUUUCCUAUCAAGUAUUCAAGGACAAAGCAGUAAUGAGGCUGAACUCUAUCGUACCGAAUUUUAAAGUCGAUACCACGCAAGGUCCCAUCGACUUUUAUGAUUGGCAAGGCAGUUCAUGGGUGGUCCUAUUCUCUCAUCCUGCGGACUUUACUCCAGUGUGCACCACUGAACUGGGUCGUAUUGCGGUGCAUCAGCCGUAUUUCGUAAAACGCAACACCAAGUUGCUUGCUCAUUCUGUUGACAAACUUAAGGAUCAUGUAGACUGGGUCAAUGACAUUAAAUCGUACUGCAAAGACAUUCCUGGUGCUUUUCCAUAUCCCAUAAUCGCUGAUCCUGAUCGCAAACUCGCUGUGCAGCUGGACAUGAUCGAUGAACAGAGCAAGGACGAUCCGGAAACCGCUCAGACCGUUCGGUCUCUAUAUAUUAUCAGUCCGGAUCAUCGUCUACGACUUUCUAUGCAAUAUCCGACUUCUACUGGGCGUAACGUCGACGAAAUAUUACGUGUAAUCGAUUCGCUGCAGCUCGUCGAUAGAAGGCCGGAGAUAGCAACUCCCGCCAACUGGGUCCCUGGUGAGAAAGUAAUGAUCCUGCCGACAGUAAAGGAGGAGGAUCUCCCGAAACUCUUCCCAGGAGGAGUCGAUCGUGUAUCCAUGCCAUCCGGAAAAGUCUACGUUCGCACUACUACUAAUUACUAAUUGUAAAAACAUUAUGACACUAUAUGUUUCUACUUGUUUCAGAACUUUAUUCGACUUUAAGUUUUAAUUCAGCAUCACACUAUGCGAAAUUUAAAGAAAUUUGAA